AUGAAUUCAUCAUUAUUUCGUCGAGUCAUUCAGCAAUAUUCUUCAAUACGUGCAUUGAAUAACAUUUCAGCACGUUUUACUUCAUCAUCAGCUGAAAGUAAAACUCCUGCUGAAUCAUCAUCUAUUGAUCCACAAUUUAAAAAAAAAAUUGAUGAUUUUAUUAAAUCAAAUAAAGUUGCUGUAUUUAUUAAAGGCGAACCAGAUGCUCCUAGUUGUGGUUUUUCUAAAGCUGUUCUUCAAAUACUCAAUUUACAUGGAUGUGACUUUAAAUCACAAAAUAUUCUAGAUGAUCAACGACUUCGAGAUACAAUGAAACUUUAUAGUAAUUGGCCAACUUUUCCUCAAAUUUAUUUUGAUGGAGAAUUUGUUGGUGGUUGCGAUAUUUUACUUCAUAUGCAUCAAUCAGGUGAACUUGUUAAUGAAUUAAAAAAAAUUGGAAUUCAAUCUAAAUUAUCAGAUGUGAACAAUAACACUACACCAUCAUCAGCCAACUAA